CUACAAACCCUACUGAGUAUUCCCAACAAUUGUUUACUGCAGCACCUAAAAUAGUUUUUGCUCUGUAAGCCAAUAUGUAUUUCAUACACAGUGAUUUGCAUUGGGGGAUUUAUUUGACCUUGGAACAUGUUUUAAAACCCACAUUUAUUGCAAAUGUCACUUAAAUGUGAAAAAAUAUUAAUCAUUGUUUAUGUUUAGACAAUUAUUUGUAAUGAAUAAAUACAGGUUAUUGACACGUUUGUAUUAUUACGUGGGGGGGCUUUUAUUUUGAAAAUUCCGGAAAUUAAAUGUUUUGUUCCUGGCAAGACGCUGAUCGUGAAAGUAAAGUUAGUCCAGGGGCCUACACUGGGGUCAGUUCAUCUCGAUACUUCAAAACUCCUAAGAACUUCAUAAAUCCAGUGUGUGGGUCUUCCAGUGAGUUGGAGAGGAUUGAGGAACCAUGGCACAGUUUGAAACCUUGAUAUGGACUAUAAAUAUUAUAUUGGUGCUUGAAAGCAUUGGAUCCUGUAUUGCAUGUGGUAGAGCCGAGUACAGAAUAGGGGAUGAAUGUUGUCCCAUGUGUUCACCAGGAAAUCGUGUUUAUAAGCAUUGUACUGAAUUCACCAGCACCAGCUGUGUGCCCUGUGUUGAUUCUACAUUCCUUGAUGAGCCCAAUGGUCUCAUAAAAUGCAAAGUGUGUACCAACUGUGAUCCAGGUUUGGGUUUGAAGGUAAAGCAGCCAUGUAGACCUUCAUCAGACACUGUCUGUGGGACACUGGAGGGGUUCUACUGUCUAGACCCAACUAAGGAUGGUUGUAGAGCAGCCCAGAGACACAGCAGCUGUAAACCUGGUCAAUACAUCAGCCACACAGGAACAACAUCUACAGAUACUGUGUGUGCUGACUGCAUUGGUGAUACUUAUUCAAAUGGAUCAUUAACAUCCUGCCAGCCACACACCAAGUGUAAAUCCUUAGGUCUUCAAGAACUUAGACCAGGAACUUAUUUGUCCAAUUCUGAAUGUGGACCACAAUCCUCAAAAAUAGAAACUGGAAUCAUAAUUGGCAUCAUCAGAGUUAGAGGAAACACCAAGCAAUGUACAAUGAAACAGAAGAAGGUACAGCGUCUUGCAUGUGUUCGUUUUGGAAGUUUGGGUUUGAAGGUAAAGCAGCCAUGUAGACCUUCAUCAGACACUGUCUGUGGGACACUGGAGGGGUUCUACUGUCUAGACCCAAGUAAGGAUGGUUGUAGAGCAGCCCAGAGACACAGCAGCUGUAAACCUGGUCAAUACAUCAGCCACACAGGAACAACAUCUACAGAUACUGUGUGUGCUGACUGCACUGGUGAUACUUAUUCAAAUGGAUCAUUUACAUCCUGCCAGCCAUACACAGAAUGUGAUACCUUGAAGCUUCAGAAAAUUAAACCUGGAACUCAUUGGUCUGACUCUGAAUGUGGACCACAGACCUCCCUUCCCAUAGCUGAAAUAAUAUCUCCUGUUGUGGUGGUGGUGGUGGUACUAGCUGUGAUAGCAGCAGUGACGGCUAUUAUGAAAACUAGAAGGAAAAAAAGAAAAGAUCCUAUAUCUGAGAGGCCUUUUCAAGAGACACAAAGUCCUACAGAGGUAUCAGACACAGAGGGAACAUCAAUGCUGUUUGUGGGAACAAGAACAGAUUCAACCCUUCAGGACAUUCAUCAGAACAAUCCAGUCUAAUGUGUGGUUCAUUGGCUUGAAAACUAGACUAGGCAGUAGGGCCCAAUUUCUGUACACUACACGGUAAAUGUGAUCUAGACUCAAUUUUUUAAUAAAUGUUGGAGGCUGGCAUAUUUUUUUUGUGGUGUACAGAUUAAAAAGACCAUGACUUUGAUAGACAACCUGAAACACUAAAAUGUAACUAUUUUUUUCAAUGUAUUUUUCAUCUUCCAAUACUGGGGAUGAAGAUGGAGACCGUAGUAGGAGCCAGGUCUGUUCUGGCCAGGAAAGGUCAGGUGUGUCCAUGAUUUCAAUGGUCAGUCCAAGUCAGUUGAAGGUAAUAUGGAAUAAAACACAAAGGAGAUUUUGUAAGACACUGCACCUGGUCUUUGGAUGGUGGUGCAAGAUACAAGGACAAAUUGGAGCAAUUGCCCUUUGAGGAAAUCUACAGAUGAUCCCACAACAUCCUCAUGGAACUUGUGGAACUUGUGCUUCUGGUGAUGGUGUACUGUAGAUUCUGUUGACACAAACUGCAAAGGACAUAUGAAUGACAUGGCCUGGACACUGGUAUGGAAAAAUGGACUCCACUUACUUGUUUUGUGACCAUGGAUUUGUAUAAUCCCACAGAAUAAACAUCAAGAGGCAAUGGUGCAGUGUGUGACCCAUGAUGCAUACCAAUGGGACAAAUGUUUUAUGCAAAUCUUUUGCAUACAGUUCUCUUCUUACAAUCCUCCCAAAAUAUAUUAUUUAUUGUCACAUACACCGGGAUACGUGCAGUGAAAUGUGUUGUUUUACAGGGUCAGCCAUAGUAGUACGCUGGAGCAAAUUAGGUUUAAGUGCCUUGCUCAAGGGCACAUCGACAGAUUUUUCACCUUGAUUGUGUAGUUAUUUGUAUUGUACAGUUCCUUUGCUUUUGGUGUGUAUUUUGUAGAUAUUGUAUUAUACUUUGCACAUUAUUCAAUGCCAUUAUUCAUUGUAUUGAUAAUGAAUUUAUGUUUUUGAUUCCAUGGGUUUAAAGUCUAUUCUAUUGAAUCCAUUUGCUUCUCUGUAAGUCAUGGGUUGUGCUUGUUUCACCAGCCAUCAGUGCUCAGUCUCUCUGAUGAUAGGUAGAUGAGCUUUAAUAUUGCAGAUAGAUUGUAACUUCCAUCAAUGUAUUUGUCUGCAUCACUUCCAAUCCCCCAGAUGUUUU